AUGGCCAAGAAGAAAGCACAGUCGCCCCCCGAGGAGACGAUCGACGAGCAGAAGACGCUCGAGAUAUACAAGCAGGCGCUCACGUUCAACGUGAUAGCGAAAUACGACCCGCUGAUCGACCAGCUCGUGCAUCUGACCUCGUACUGUGUGGUAUACCGCUUUGACUCCGAGCAGAACGACUGGGUGAAGCUCGACUUCCAGGGCCCGCUGGCGAUCUAUUCGCGCAAGAGCGAGGUGGCAGGGCCCACGCCAGCGCCGCAGAUUGUCCAGAACGACCAGCUGUACACGUUUGGGCUCAUUGUGCUCAAUAGAAUCAAGCCGGAGAAUUUCAGCAUCGGGCUCAUAAGCAACAAGCAGCUGACCGACCCGGACGACGGGAUCAUUGUCGAAAACACAGACAAGCUCAUCAUUGUGCGCGACCUGAGCCAGCAGACGUACGGCCUGUGGAUCUUCGACGCCGCCGACAGAGACUAUAUUUGCGAGAUCUUGAAAUACUGUAUAGAAGGAGAAGAGAACUAA